AUACAGAACUAGUAGUCCAUAGUUUACAGGUCGCUCCACAACAUUGGAGCACUACACGGGGAUUUAUCAGACUCGCACAGCCACAUCGCUGCGGGCGACGAAAUCCGCUCCAUACCACCUCUGCAAAACCUAGCGGGAGCUCCAGCAAUAGCUUUUCAUUUUGAUAUCUGAAGAGCACCAUCCCCUCUUCGCCCGGCGAAAGCGGUUCAUCUUCGGGACCAGGACCAAGCGCGCUCAGCGGCUUGAGGAGCUAAGCUUCUGUUUGAUACACAAGCAGUAUCCACUGCCAAGGAUACUCAGUCGCCGAACUCUGCCUGUGACUCGCACCUGUUGCGUGCGGCAGUAUCAACAUGCGGUCAAGACUUCUAUGGGCCUGCGGGCUCGCAGCGCUUCUGGCGCUAGCGGCAAUGCCUGCGGCGCUUGGGCAAAAGAUCUUGCCGAAGUUCCCCUACUGCCGCUGCGUGAAGAAGGGACCCUACGCCCUGGCCAAGAACGUGGACGAGAUUGACGGGUACUACUGCUUUGAGAUUGAGCAGGUGCCCUGCGGCAAGGACAAGUGCUGCAAGAUGGAUUUGCGCAAAGUCGAAUUCGAUGCCAACGUUGCGUGCCGCGACACCACCAAGGUCACAGCCAUGGUGAACGGCCUGCUGCCCAAGCAGCAGCCCACCUGGACGGCGCCGCAGGACACGCCCGCCGGCAAGGCCGUGCUCAAGCUGUCGGGUCUAGGCCUCAACAUCACCACCGCCCCCGGCUCGCUGGUGUGCCUGAAGCUGGACGGCCAGUGCAACACGCUGGAGAAGCUGUGCGCCGUGCCCAAGGGCCAGAUGCCCGGCAUCUGCGCCAUCAGCAUGUUCAACACUAAGGACACGUGCUGCCCCAUCUCCCAGACCGGCUGGCCCUUCCCGCCCCCGCCCCCGCCCCCCAGCCCGCGCCCGUCGCCCCCUCCCCGCCCCCCUCCGUCCCCCCCGCCGCCCCGCAAGCCCUCGCCGCCCCCCUCUCCCCCUGCCAGCUGCCCCAUCUGCAUCACCCUCAACACCACCGACGUGUCCCUGACUCGUGAGGUGUGCGACAACCUGGCUGACUACGUCAACUCUGUCUGGGUGGACCGCUCAAACGCCACGCUGCUGCAGCCCUUCAGCUGCAGCCUGGCCACGCCCUCCCAGGUCAAGAUCUGCGCCGUGGCUGAGGGCAAGCCCGACACGGUGGAUUUUGCUGGCAUUGCGGAGGACACUUACGAGAUCCAGCUGAUGCUGGAGGAGCUGGGCCUCAGCUGCGCCUUCCCCAGCAUGAUGGGGACCAGCAUGGUGUACCUCGUGGAGUACGGCACGUGCCGCGCCGUGUUCACCUACGUGCAGGACUGCAAGCAGCCCGGCCCCCAGCCUUUCCCCUUCUGCGUCUGCAACCGGCGCCCCAAGGCCACGCCCUUUGCGCUGGACCCUACCAUCCGCGUCAAGCCCGGCUCCUCGCCGCGCUCCACCAACUACUGCUGGACCGCCACCACCGUCGCGCCCUAUGACCCCACCUCGCCCUGCGGCAAGACCAAUGAGCUGUACAAGGCGGAGUUCUACGUGCGCAACAACACGCGCGGCGCCGUCACCGGCCUCACCGCCGCCGGCAAGUCCUGGUCGCCCGUAUGGGACAGCGAUGGCAAGGUGUUCCGCCUGACCAACCUGAUGUGGACCGUGGACUUCGUCAACACCAACAAGCCCCAGAUCUGCGUCGAGCUGACGGGCAUCACGCUGGGCCAGUUCUGCGUGACUGCCAAUUGCCAAUACGCGUUGUUUGACGCGUCCAAGAGCUGCUGCCCCAUGGGCACUGCCUCGCUCGGGUAAGCGCUGAGCAGCGCCUCCAGUGACACGUCAGUCGCGUUAGUGCCGAUGCGACACUUGUGGUGGGCGGGUUCUGCGGCCUGGCCCCUCGCUGUCGAGUGCGGCACGAGGGGCCCGCCGCAUGAAGCACAUCGUGGACUGCCGGUAGAGCGUCAUGGACAGAGCCGUUGCGGUCAGUGUUGUGGACUUUUAUAGUUAAGGCGGGCGGGCACAACCGUGCAGGUGGCCGGGCGUGUGACAGUCCAUGCUGUGUGUAUGUGUACGGCGGCGCAGGAGGGCCCGCGCCGGACAGCGGCUGCAACAGGAAUGACUUGGUGUUGUGACGCAAUUUACCCAUGCAUAGGAAGUGGCCAGUAUUGAUUCAUAGAACGCUUGAGAGCUCUUACCAUUUCCACUUAGCCGUGAAGUGCCUGGGGCUCAUUAGUGGUGGGAUGAAUUCUCCUGCCUGAUCUAGUAGAUAGUGCUGUGUCGUUCCUUCAUAGCUGUGACAAAUUGAUUGCUGCACAGAAGCUGUAGACGUCGGCGCUGGUGGUCAAAACAGCAGGCAAGCAAGUGACGCACGCAAGCUAACAAACAAAAUGUAAGAGAGAAAUGCG